UUUGGCAUUAUGAUGUUAGUUGGCAUUAUGAUGUUAGUUGGCAUUAUGAUGUUAGUUGGCAUUAUGAUGUUAGUUGGCAUUAUGAUGUUAGUUUUGGCAUUAUGAUGUUAGUUUGGCAUUAUGAUGUUAGUUGGCAUUAUGAUGUUAGUUUUGGCAUUAUGAUGUUAGUUGGCAUUAUGAUGUUAGUUGGCAUUAUGAUGUUAGUUGGCAUUAUGAUGUUAGUUGACAUUAUGAUGUUAGUUAGGCAUUAUGAUGUUAGUUGGCAUUAUGAUGUUAGUUGACAUUAUGAUGUUAGUUUAGGCAUUAUGAUGUUAGUUGGCAUUAUGAUGUUAGUUGGCAUUAUGAUGUUAGUUUUGGCAUUAUGAUGUUAGUUGGCAUUAUGAUGUUAGUUGGCAUUAUGAUGUUAGUUGGCAUUAUGAUAGUACCAUGAACACUUGCGGUCGCAUCAUGGGAAGAUAUCGUUGUUACAGUUAUACUAUGAGAUCAGCAGCGCUUCCAUUUUGAAGGAAAUACCCUUUUCAAAGGAAAUUUUGGGUUACAUAUUCAAUUUAUAAGGGUUCAAAGUUCGGUUUGAAAAUUGGCGAAAAAAUCGACUAAAACGGCUUAUUAAAUUUCUUUGAAGACAUUUACUAUUUUUUCGGGAGUAUUGAAAAUUUUAAAGAAGUUAGCUUCAAUCUUGUGUUAUUUUAUGGUUUACAUAAAAUAUUUUGACCUUUGGCUUUGGGCCUUGUGGGACUGAUGAAAAAUUCGAAUGCCAAAGUUCGAAUUGAAGCAACAAAUCUGGAACGUCCCACAUGAGCAGCAGCCUAGGAAUUUGAGACAGCUCCGCCAGGCAGUUAUCUUAGCGUGCCAAAGUUUAGAUGCACAAAUGAUACCGGAAAGCGCUUUUUCUGGCAUGGUUAACAGAGCACGACAUUGUAUAGGUGUGACAUGCUUUUUCAGAUGAAUAAAUCAUCGAAUGUGUAAAUAUUAUUUAUCGUGCGUUGUGUUGACGAGAACAGCAUUAAAUUAAAUGUUAAUUUGAUAGGCCGAUUUAAUGUAAUUUUAAACAUUUUCAAAAUUGCUUCUUCGAAAUGAAACUGUGAUAUUUCAUUCAAUAUGGCUCAAAUAUCUUCAAGUCAUAUAUCAAAAUUUAAGUUAGGCCUUUCUGAAUUCAGUGAAGUCUACUUGAUUGAAACUUCUUGUCCAAUUUUAACGGUAUAACAAAUCAAACACCGAUACUUUUUUUUGAGACACCCGGUAUAUCAGAAGCAGCGGCGGCGGAACAGACUUCGUUCUGGGGGGGCUAAAUUUUUUCGGCGACCCCCCCCCCCCGUCGCCAAAAAAAUUUCGGCCAGUGUACCACUUUAGGGGUACAAUAUACAAAAAAAAGGCAAUACACUUUUUUUAAACAAAAUAUUGCAAAUUUGUCCCCUUAUACCUAAAUUUUCAAAAAAUAACCUAAAUUUUUCCCUAAUUAUCAAAAUUUUUUCCAAAAAUUCAAAUUUUCUGGGGGGCUAAGCCCCCCACUUUUACUUCUGGGGGGGCUUUAGCCCCCCUAGCCCCCCCUGUUCCGCCGCCCCUGAUCAGAAGAACACAAUGUUGAUAUUUACAGUAUUAUAUUUGUUUAGUUUGUUACGUUUCACAUAGUUUUACAGAGUACGAAUUAACGUUGCAUCGCGAUUAUUGUCAUUGAUAAGUCACCCCACCCCCACGAUUUGUCUGCUUUCCUGUCUCUCUGGGAAUCCCACGAUCUUCGAUAUCAUAUACGAUGUUGGAAAUUCCAAUAUUUUUUAUCUCAAGUUUCUUUACCAUGCUAUGGUUUUAGAGUGUUAGUAUUACAUGAAAUAAUACGCUAUUUUGGGGAUAUAGACUCUCUUAAAUGAUAUUUUCUACGGUACAAUUUAUAACUUCUAAAGUAAAGCCAAAGGGACUAUUUUUAGCCAGAUUACCGAAAUGACAUUUGGGCCCCAGUUACACGAUACCGUAUUCGUAUCGGAGCGACAUCAGUCUAGUCUGCUAUUACAACUUUCCAUAUAGGACGUUUUUGUUUAAUUAUAUUAAUUUAUAUUAUAUCAUAAUUUUAAGUGCCAAAUUCACAUCGAAGCAGUAAAAAUCGAUGUCGCUCCGAUGCGAAUCCGGUAUCGUGUAACUGGGGCCUUUUAAUAUUAAGUGUAAAAUUAGUGAGCAGUUUCUACGCCAAAAAAUUGGUAAAAAGUGAUGUCAUGGCAAUUAUACUAGUAAUAAAUAGUUGUUUUUACGAAAUAAUAUCGACGCGAUAAGACAAAUGAUAAUGACUAAUGUACCCUGGUUUAAUACGUGAUUUAAUCGAACAGGCCUUCACGCUCUGUUAAAUUUGCGACUUAAAAAAUACACUUUCUCUAUCAAGAUAUUGUAAGAAAGUGAUGAUUUGACAAACAUAUUACGUAUCGCGUUCUUGUACUUUCUUGAAUCGCAUGUGUUCAAAAGUGCAUUGCGAUUGCGAAUCGCGACACGUUAAUUCGUACCCUGAUUAGUUUUAGAGUCAUUUUAAUAUAAAAAGUUGUUUACGAUUUGUUUUGUUUCAAUGUAAAGAUCUAUUCCAAAAACUUCGGAUUCUUUGAGAGGGUCAACAGAAUUGACCAAUAAUUGAAUUUGAUGAUUGUCGAAGAAAACUGGCACCUCUGGUACAUGAACAGUUUCAACAUAGUCAGCUUCCUCUGGUAAAGGACUAACAUCAUAAAAAGAAAACUAACAUCAUAAUGCCAAAAGUAACGUCAUAAAAGGAAAACUAACAUCAUAAUGCCAAAACUAACAUCACAAUGCCAAAACUAACAUCAUAAAAGGAAAACUAACUACAUAUUAAUAAAUCCGAAGACAACAAAAGAACUAAACACAUCAGAACUAAAGAUAAACUUCAAGAUAUAGAAUAAUCACAUCAUAAUAUCAAAAGGGAAUUUUGUCUUCCAUGACGCUCCAUAUAAGGCUAUUAUACAGUAUUAUAUGAGUGAGCCCCCAUAUCUAUCCAGGGACGUCGCUAUAGGGGGGGGGGGUGAGGGGCUGUAACACCCCCCCCCCUCAAUAAUUCAAAUGUUGGUCAAAAUGGAAGUGAUAUUUGCGCAAAGGUGGUCAAAAUGGAACUGAUGUUUGCUUGGUAGAAGUUGCCCAAAGUUAUGAAAUAGUUAGCAGUUUUAACAAUUUUAAAGCUUUUGUUACGUUUGCGAUGAAAAAUUUGGAAGCUUUGCUCAUCUUGGUCGAAAAAAUUUGAAUUUGCUUAUGUUGGUCCGGAAAAAAAUUUUUGACAAUGCUUAUGAUAGUCUGGAAAAUUUUUUUUUGACUAUGCUUAUGUUAGUCCGGAAAAUUUUUUUGACCCCCCUCUCCCGACUUGGUCAACAUCCUAGGAAAUGUUGGUCAAAACAUGACGACACCCCCCACCCCAAUGUUGAUGGCUUCGCGACGUCCCUGUAUCUAUCCCUGCUGUCCCCACAAUUUCAAAACAGUAAAAGGUAACCUGCAUAUUUGUAUUUAUUUUUAGAAAAAAAGUCAAUAUUUAUUUUCUUUUAACUUUAUUCCAUUGAGCAGCAUCAUCAACCAGUUACAACAGGUAUGUCCAUUAAUGUUUCUGACAUAACUUUUUAAUUUCACAGAAUUUAUGGCAAUAUAUUUUUUUAUUUUCUCAUUUGAAAGAACUUUUGAAACUAUUUAAUAACUUCUUAUACCGAUUCUUCAUAUCUUGCUUAGUUCUUGAAAUAUUUUCACUUGAAAUAAUGAGAUGUCAGCCAUCUUGGAUAAAUUUUUGAUCUCAUUAACGGUAGUUUUGGUGACGUCACAACAGGGAUUAACCAUAUAAAAGUAUUCGUUGUUGACCAAAUAUUGAUUGGUAGAUGUUUUAAAGGUUUCAUGUGAUCUUGAUAUUUCCAAGAGCAUACAGAGUAUAAUUUUGAGUGCAAAAUGAUUAGUGGUUGUCUAGAUAAAAUAUUGCAUGAUCCCUGUUGUGACGUAACAUGCAUAUCUACAAAAAUCCAAGAUGGCGGACAUUUCAUUUCUUUCGAUUAAAAUAUUUGUAGAAGUAAGCAAGAUAUGAAAAAACGGUAAAAGAGUUUUAUAUAUGGUUUUAAAUGUUCUUUCAAACAAGAAAAUAAAAAAAUAUAUUGCCAUUUCCCUUUAAGUUUUCAAGUCUAUUAUUCCAACAAUACUAUUAUUAUAUAAACAUUUUAUUUAAAGCACAGUACACUGAUUUUUCCCUUUUAAUUUCAUAGUUGCUCAGGGCUUCCUCCUUGCCAUUUUCAGAACAUUCAACAAUGGUAAGAAUUUUUACUGUACUUGUCAGAAUUACAGUAAUUACACCCUUUCGAUAAUUACAUCACAACUACACUGUUUUCAUGGGCGAUGCACAGAGAAGCAGAACAUCCUUCUUCAACACAUGCAUGAAAAAUAAUUCUUUAUUUUGACCAAUAAAUGUGGAAAUAAGCUUUAACACAAAAACGAGGCUCCAGGUCAUUGACCUGGAGCCUCGUUUUCGUGUUAAUGCUUAUUUCCAUAUUUAUUGAUCAAAAGUCAAUUUUUUUUUUCGCAUGUGUUGAAGCAGGAUGUUCUGCUUCUCUGUGCAUAGCCCAUGAGAAAAAACCCUUAAAAUCCUUUCCAUUUAAGGUGGUUCUAAGUUGAAAACAGUGUAGUUGUGACGUAAUUAUGGAAAGGGUGUAUUACAACUAAGGGCAUUCCUGCUCAAAUUAGUGACAAAUAUUAUGUUUCUUUUUAAGAAGUUUGUAGAUGGUUUACAAUUACAAUUGUAAUUGACAGUUGUUGUAAAUUGUCACAAUCUCACUGUAAUCUACCCCUUCAAGACUGCAGACUGGCAAUCGAAAGCACGUACUAAGUACAUAUUUAAAACCAGAGAACAUCUACAAACCUAUUAUGAAUAACCCUGGUUUCGCUUCAAACAUACUUAAAUAUAUUUCUUUUGUUCAACAGAUUGAAACGAUCGUAAAAUCAAGACAAGGAAAAAUAAGCUUUAAUACAAGUUGGUACGUUACUUCACGCAGAUCUCUAGGCGUGUUCCUUACAUGUGUCCUGCUAGAUUUAGUUUUUGAGCGUUUCUGUAUUAUCUAAUUUUUAGGCUGGAAGAUUUGUUUGAAAAGAUUAUCUUGGAGACGACGGGUAAGGACAUGUUACUUAAUCAGUUUAAGGAGAAUGACGCGAAAAUUGAAUGCGCUGAAAAACUGGGAAAUUAUGUCAAAUCUGUACAGCUGCUGUUGUUUUUCAACUUAUGUUUAGAAGAACGAAUCUGUUAACGUUGUUUAUUUUGACAUUGUAGUCAUUAUAACAGUUUGGCAUUCUUAAAAAAAACUUGCAUAAAUUGCGCAAAUGGGUGCAAAUGAUUGUGUGAAAAAACUAGUGAUUGACCGAUUGUGCAACAAUCUAUAGAAAAAACUAAAUAGAAUGGAACUUUACUUUUCUUUUGUACAGCUGAACGAAUUACGCCACUUGUGUGUAAUCCUGGACGAAUUUUAUUAACCUCCGCAAGAAUAUAUUUUCAACCAUUUAACAAUGUCGAACCGGUAAUUAUGACAAUUUAUUUCAAGCGGACAAUAACUUCAUGAAAGCGUCCAAAAACGUAAUAUGAAUACUCCUGGUUUCACCUCAAACAUUUUUCUUGAAUGUUUGUUCAUAGUUUCCAGUGAUGAAAUGCAAUUUAUGUUCAGUAAGAAGAGUUGUGAAACGAAGAUAUCUACUAAGACAUGUUGUAAGUUGAUGUAAAACUAGAAAACACGUUUGAUUGGCGGUGAUACAUGCACAUUUCAGUUUAAUUUGUGUUCAGUCUGUCUUUUAAUUUGUGUUCAUGAGUCUCAGAUCACACGUUCAUUAUUGUUCAAUCUUGUACUGAAGGGUGUCGAAAUCUUCUCAGAGGAUCAAGCUCACAUGUUGUUGGUAUUUCCUUCGCAAAAAGAGAGAGAUAAAUUUUAUGACCUGGUUUUACAACAACCAAGUACGUAUAAAGAAUAGACAAUCCGUUUACUACUAUCGAUCAAGUACUUGGUGACAUAUGACCUUCCCAAGCUAAAGGUAUACAAAACCGUGAUUUAGCUGGCAUAAAUCUGUGACAUGUCUUGGCAUGAAACAUGACUGAUUGAGGAAUUGAGGAAUGCUGGAGACGAUUAUUUGUAUACAGCUAUUUCAAUUAAGGUUGUCCACGAGCAAAGCGGAAAAGUCGAAUACGAGCGCGAAAGGCUGCUGGGAACCGCUUUGAAAAUUCAUUAAUUUGUUAGCGAUUCCCAGCAGCCUUUCGCGCUCGUAUUCGACUUUUCCGCUUUGCUUGUGGACAACCUUAAUUGAAAUAGCUGUAUAUAUGCUAUUGUGCUCCUUGUUCUAACUCGUAGUUCGAACAGACCUGUAGACACUCGUAGACCUGUACUUCAUGUACUUUAUUUUAAAGACUAACGUCCGUAUUCUAAAAGCUCACUCACACUCAAUGAGUGGAGGUUCAAUCUGAGCUUCUCUUGAGUGUCAAUGCUGUUUUUGAAUAGCUGGAGGGUGAGUAUAGUCACAUAGUAAGGUAUGACACUAGCCCUCCGGCUAUUCAAAAACAGCAAUCUUAUGACACUCGAGAGAAGCUCAGAUUGAACGUCCACUCAUUGAGUGUGAGUGAGCUUUUAGAAUACGGGCGUAAGUACACAUUGAGUAUUGAGUUUGUACUAGCGCACCAAUAAUCAUUGUCGUAUACCAGUCAGGUACGACUAAGAAUCUUGAAUUAUCACAUCCUAGCUGUGAUGUAAUCCAGUGCUCAACUUUUGCCAUCAUUAUUCAGUUUUAGAACUACAAGAUACUGGGCAGGAAAAUAUGACUUUAAAAUGGCAGAAUGGUGUUAUUUCAAAUUUCGACUAUUUAAUGUAUUUAAACAGGUAUAUAUAUUAAUUAUCUUCAUCUUUUUUAAUGCGUGAUUGGAUAGUUGAUGAUUAUGCCAAAGUCUUUUUUGAAACUUCAAAAAAAAUUAUCUCGCUGUUCUGUGUUUUAUUUAGUUUGGCAGAUCGUAGUUUUAACGACCUAACCCAGUACCCAGUCUUCCCAUGGAUCAUCGCUGAUUAUAAAAGUAAAGAAUUAGGUAUGUUGGUCACAAGUGCUGUUUACACAGUCGCAAAGAUCUUGGAAGAAUAACGAGCAUUUGUCAGAAUUCCAUGCAAGAUCACUUAAAAUUUCUUUUUGUAUUUUAGAUUUAAAUAAUCCGAAAACGUUUCGCGAUUUUACUAAACCUAUUGGUGCUUUAAAUGAAGCCCGAUUAAAACAAUUACAGGUACGUUCCACAAGGAAAGAGCCUCCUAGGUAUGACUAGGUUGCGAGGUUGAUAGCAAUAGUUAUACAGUAUAUAUAAACGGCAUGCAUCUCGUCUGUCGGUAGAAGGUAGCCUGCUUGCAGCCUCAACCCGAAUUUAUUAAAUAUCAAGUAGGGUUGAGGCUGCACGCAGGCUAGUAGAAGGCUGUAGAACCUCUGUGGGCUGACACUACUUAAGAUGUUGCAUUGUCCCAUUCUGUUUUUAGGACCGUUGCAGGGACAUGGCUGAGCCGAAAUUUCUUUAUGGCAGUCAUUAUUCCACACCUGGAUAUGUUUUAUAUUAUUUAGCGCGUGUUGGUAAGUGCGUAAAGUGAGACAGACACACAGGCAGUUUCAGUAAUAAUAAUAAUAAGCAAGGCUUUGGUCAUUAUCCUUGAUUUGCCAUGAUGAUAAGCUCAAAGCAGUAUUUUCUAUUUUUAUAGCACCAGAAUAUUUAUUAUGUUUACAAGGUGGAAAAUUCGAUCAGCCUGAUAGAUUAUUUAAUAGGUGAGUUUGAUCUGGGAAUUCUCUAAUACAUGCAUCUAUUAUAAAACAUGACGAUAUUUAAUUUGCUUCGUCUUUUUACGUGUAGUAUUGGUGCUACGUGGAAAAAUGUUCUCGCUGGCCAUGCUGACGUGAAAGAGGUUUGUUAUCGUUCUUUUUCUAUUAGAAUAUUAAAAACUGGGGAAAAUAGUAAUCGCGUUUUGAUUUGACAAUAGACAAUUCCCAUUAUAGACUAAUUUUAAAACUAGGCAAGGAGAUGCAAAUAAAUCACCACAGCUAGAAAGAGCAUACUAAAAUGAGUAAAAUUGCAAAGUUUAUGCCAGAAAUUACGGGAACCACUGUCACUGAGUAUUUUGAAAAAGUACAAAACAAUAGAUACUCUGAAAAUUGAACAGUUUUUCUUUUCAAAAUGUUUUCAAUUUUCGGAGUAUCUAUUGUUUUGUAAUUGGCAAAGUUUGGUUGCGAAAUGUUGUAAAAUGCGGAAAAUAUAGCCUUGCAAGUCAAAGCCUGGGUACGAGGUUGCUUGCAAAUUUGCAAAUUUUGUAUACUUUUGUAUUGCGUGCGGAAAUUGCUACCAUUCGGCCCAAAUGUGGUAAUUAAACCUGAGUGGGUAAUUUCGUUUAUCAAAGAGAUCAUCUCGACUCAUUAUGUCUUCAUAUUUGCAGUUAAUUCCAGAGUUCUAUCAAUCUUCUGGCGAGUUUCUGGUCAACAGACUAAAUCUUCCACUUGGGAUGAAACAAGAUAAAACGAUAGUUGAUGAUGUGGAACUUCCGCCCUGGGCAAGUGGUAGGUCGUAUGUAAACUGGAGUGAGAUUCGAUACGUUUAUAGGAUCAUACAUAUGUACACUUCUCGAAACUUUCCCAUUUGAACUCGAGGCUGACAAUGAGAUUCUAUUAGGUUUUAGGUAUAUAUAAUUAAGGCGCUGCCAGAUCUACCAAAACCUCAUCAACACUCACUGGUCAUGCCUUCAUAGCAAAAUGAUGUCACAAUUAUACCCAGUUAUUUUCAUUUUUAGGCCCCAAAGAUUUUAUCAGGAAAUGUCGUGAAGCUCUUGAAUGUCCAUAUGUCUCAGACAAUAUCCACGAUUGGAUUGACUUGAUAUUUGGUUACAAACAACAGGGCGAGGAGGCAUGGAAAGCUAAUAAUGGUAAGUGGAAACAUUUUGUUAGCCUGGAAAAAACAUUUCAUGUUUUCAGAUCCCAAAUCAAUCUCGUCACCAGGCUCUUCCCUUCACAAGAGGGAAGAGAGCCUUGGAACGAGGUUGAUCCAAAAUUUGUUUUUUGAUGUUUGACAAGAAUGUGGAAAAAUUUACCGCUAUUAUGCUAUCCUUUGUCACUAUGUCCUGGAUGUUCCCAAUCAAAUGACUUUUAUCAAAUGAAAUUUAUUUACCAUAAAAUAUGUGUGAAAAUUGAAAAUGUUCUUCAAUAUUUUCCCCAGGUCUGUUUAUAAACUGGAUGCAAUAAAAUACACUGCCAUACAGGGCCGCCAAGAGCUUGGCGGGGGCCCGGGGCAAAACAUUUUUAGGGGCCCCUAUUGCAAAAAAAUUUUCCGGAAAAAAUUUUUUCCGACAACAAAUUCUUUUUAGGUGCGUUAUAAUUGCUUUCGUUGGACUUUUCCGCAAUUUUCCAUACCAAAUUUCGGUUCAAUGCUCCCAAAACACAAAUAUUUUGGCCCGAAAACAGAAAUAUUUCGCCCGAAAAAAUGACUGGGCCCAUUAAAUUUCUAACAUUAAAUUUCUAGAGGCCCCCAGAGCCUCGGGGCCCGGGGCAAUUUGCCCCCCUGCCCCCCCCCCCCUCUCGGCGGCCCUGCUACCAUAAGUUGAUCGUAUUUGUUAUUUUUCUUUCAGUGUUUUAUUACCUCACCUACGAAGGAGCGGUCGAUUUAGACAGGUAAUAUACCAAAAUUGUGUUCUUUUAUAACUACGUCAUAAAUCCAUCCUUGGUUCGAGAUUGUCGGUCUUGUGAAUCCUGAGCGGAUAGUCUGUCGUCGUGAUUCACGAGAGCGAGUCCAGGGCAAGGACGUAUUUGUGACGUAGUUAUCGAAGGAGUGUAUUAUGUUGAACUAUGUAAAACCAUGGAUAGUAACAACAUUUGGCAAAAUGACUCGGUAUUAAAUUCUAAGUUUUACGAACAAUUAUUACGAUAUUUUUUUCAUUUCUUUAGCAUAGCGGAUCCAAACGAGAGAGCAUCGCUUGAAUCUCAAAUUCUUGAGUUUGGUCAAACUCCGAAACAACUCUUUACCAGUCCACAUCCGAGACGAAGCGUAAGUUUCACUACGAGUACUAGGAUCAUUAUAGUAAUUUAAUUUAAUCUAAUUUAAUUUAUUUAGUUUACUCCUAUUAUAUAUUCUAAUGUAGGUUAUGAGGCGAAGUUAAAGAAGCUAAUAAUUAAGAAAAAUGUCUCUUUCUUUGUAAAGCGACUUCAAUGUUACCAGAACUAUAUUAUUUUAACAAUAACAGUAUGAAUUUCUACCGCAAUAUCGUGGAAGAGUUGUCAGUUAUUCCUGUAGUAAACUUACCCGAAAUAGGCCGUCAAUAGGCUUAGAAUGGACAAGAAAACAUGCAUUUUAACAACGUGAAACAUGUAAUGUAUGUUUGUUCAGGGUGCUAGGAUACCAACGUCAGUUCCUCCAGCCUUCGAUGUUUUAAAUGGCGUCAGCAACUUGGACAUGCGAAAGUUUGAACCUUUCCUAAUGGAGGAUGUUGAUCAAGAAGGUAGCUAAUCUCCGGCAAUUUUAUAACCAUAACAAGUAACCAAUUUUUUGUAGUACCGGAUCCCUAGAGAGAACAGUUUAGAACUGAUAGAACUGAGUAUGAUGGUUAAAUUUAGACCUAACUUGCAAAGCAGGCGUUUUAUUCCAGGCCCACCUUAUAACGACCCAGAUAUUUUUUUAUUUGAAACUUGUUUCUUCUUUUAGUGGACGUUGAAGAAUCCAAUUUCUGCUCGGAAGAACCACCUGGCUCACCUCACUGGGGAAUGUUUAAAAAAUUUCAACAUGAUUCUAGUCAUCGCUUGCAUAAAGAGUAAGAAACAGUGUUUUUUAUUUCCUACAAUGUCUUCAACUUUGCAAAAAUUAAACAUUACUGGCUGUGAAUACUAAUAUAAAAUUAUUUAAAUUUCAACUAAUUGUUAAACUAAAAUAUUCUAUUAAAACCUAUAGCUAUAUGUAGCAUAACACAUAACGCGUUACUUAGCAUAAAAAACUGUUAAAAUUUAAUCUGUAUUUAGAAAUGUUAACUCUCGCAUGGAAAUGAAAUUAAACAACUUUGUUCUCAGCAGACAUAAAAGGUUGGUUUUAAUGAAUUUAUAUCAGUAACACUAAAUUGUUAAUACAUAAAGUUAUUAAAUAAAUUAACCUCGGAAAGAAAUCAUGUAAAAAGAAGAAAUGUAAACCAUUGUUGCUGAUUUUUAUCAGAUUUUCGUCAAAGAGAUCGAAAACCUCCAUAUGGGUUUUAACUUUUAAGUUACUAUUUGGUUGAAAGAAUUUUUUAUUUAGGGCUCACAAUACUUUUGUCUUUACAUGCUCUUAAAUUUCUGUUUAGUUGUGUAACUUCGGUUCGUCUCUCACUUGAUGGAAAAAGUGUUUUCUCUGUUUCCCAAGGUAAGAAUAAAUGAAAAAUGGCUUUAUCAUGUUUCACGUGAAUUGGAUAUUCCGUGUCGGGUGUAUGCAAAUAAUAUACAUCACAAGCUAGUCUGUCCUUGGUUUUCCAAAACAUAAACGGUCUUCAAUUCAUUUUCAGAUACACAAUUAAAAAUGUUCAGUUUACAUGACAAACAACAAGUUCGAAGCAUCAACCUUUCCUCCAUGGUAAGUUGUUUAGAUCGUAGUUUUCUUCUACAGGGUUCGUAGCGGUCUUUGAAAUCCUUGAAAGUCUUUAAAUCGGAAUGCAGGCCUUUGAGAUCUUUGAAAAAUCUUUAAAUUGUGUGAAAAAGCGAAGAAAGUCUUUAAAAGUCUUUAAAUUCUUUGGUGAGGACGAUUAUACGAUUUCCUAGCUAAUAAAAUAGAUUGUUUGAAUCAAGAUUUUCGCAAAUAUCGACGAAAAUGCGCAUUUUAGGAUGUGAUUUGACGGGACUAAUUACCUGGUAAAAAUGGUGCUUACACUCGCAAUUUUUCGACAGCUGAUUGCUCUCAAAGGUCUUUGAAAAGUCUUUGAAAAGUCUUUGAAAAUAGGCAGAAAAAAUCUUUGAAAGUCUGUGAAUUUUUUUGGUCUUGGAGACUACGAACCAUAUUCUAUUAAUGUAGGUUUUACUAAGCACUGUUAUGCAGUAUAGAUGGUGGUCAACUGGUAGUAUAUGUAGUUUACUUCUAUAAGUGCUAUUAACACUUUCAAAGUUAACACUCGCACACUAAAGUAUAGAGUCGCUAUCACGAAUUCAAUCACAUCCGCCAGGAGGGGAAUAAUCGGGUAAUCUUGGAUUUAUGUUUUAUUUGUUAGGCACUGUCAUCUUGUGCUAUCAUGCCGGACUCCAAAACAAUUGUCGUUGGAUCUUGGGAUAACAAUAUGUAAGCUUUUGUCAAUAUUACUGUUUUUGCAUGUGUAUUUGACAAUAAUUAUAGUUGUUUUAUUUUCUAUUCUCUUGGUUCUUUUCUUAUAGAUAUAUUUAUUCCGUUGAAUAUGGCAGAGUGACAGAUACCGUUCGUGGUCAUGAUGACGCAAGUAUGUUUUACAAUUAUUAUUACUUUCACAUUUUCUUGUUUUGCUAUAAAGUGUAAAAUUUUUUUGAAAUCAAGGCGAUGUUCCCUACUCUUAAAGUCAGUGUUAAUGUAGUGUAUACUUAAACUACAUAUCUACUUUUCUUUAGUUUCAUGUCUGUGUUGGAAUGAUGGGAUACUCGUUACUGCUUCCUGGGACUCGACGGUCAAAGUAAGUGUGUGAACUGACAAUUAGAUCAUAACCGUUUUUCUCAAGAAAAUCUGAAUUUUUUGUUAUUUUGUGUAUAGGUUUGGAGGUUUGUGCCAGAAUGUGGUGGAAGAAAAGCAUCUUCUCCAGAACUUUUAGUAAGAUAAAAUUAUUUUAUCGUAGGCUAAAUAUAAGAGAGAUUUAGAUUUUGACUUCCACUACCUCUCACUGGCUUAAUAUACGCAUUUGAUUGGUUAAUCGGACAGAUUAAACACAUCUGAUUGGUUGAUGGUAGCGGCAGUAGAAAUCAAAUUCUAAACCUCUUUCAUGGUGAAAAUAGCUUGUCUAAUGACUAGGUAGGAUAAUACGAGAGUGCUUUGUGAAUACGUAAUUAGAUUAAAAAUAAUCCAAAACCUGUAAUUUGCAGAUUGGAUAUUUCAGUCGUACUUCCAUUAUCCAAACACCGGAGUUUCAAUGUUCGCCUGUAACACUGCACCAAUGACAGGGGAUGGUCUUUACCACAAUUUUAGAAUAACAGUUUAGAACUCGCAUAGCUGUCCACUAUAAAUAAAGUUUAGGUUUAAUGAACUAAAAAAUUUCCUAAAAAUUUUAUCGUAGUAAUUUUUGUUUUCUUUUCAAAUUUCAGACCGAACUCGAUCACGAUACAGAGGUAAUACAUUGCACGAUUCACAAUCUUUUAAAUUUCCAUUAUUAUGAUCUCAUUCCGUGAUCUCUCUAUCUAUUUGCUACAUAGGUGAAUUCUGUGGAUCUACACCCAACCAACACAUUGGUCGUGACAGGGACAACGGAUGGUAAGUUAAAGGCCCAUCUACACGAUACGACUAGUUGUAUACGAUUCUUAUCCUGGCAUAUGUACUCGAAUAAAUAUGUGUAAAGGUGCCUCAUUGAUGAACCAAUACACGCUUCCAGAAGUACAUCAUUUGGACUAUGAAGCCUCGUUUUCCUAUAUGUAACAUUAGUUACAGUCAAACCGGAUGUUCUCUUCCAGGGUUUUCAGUUUUGUGUGAGGCUCUGGCUAAUGGCGAUGAAGUUAUGGCGAUAGAUAUUAUUUCUACCGAUAGAAUGUACAAAUUUGGGCGAGUACACAUAAUAGAGACGUGACUAUACGUAAAAGCUCUGGCGAAUUUGGGUGGGGUUGAAUGAAAAAGUCUGGCGAAAUUCGCUGUUCCCCGGCCUAAACUGAAAACCCUGCUCUUCUUGCGGGCAACAUUGCAAUAUUGUCCCACAAUAUUGCAAUUUUGAUUAGCAGAUUGCUCCGCGCAAUUUGAUUGUAAACAAAAAAUUUGUAAACAAAUCCUUUGAUUGGACUAUUAAUACAAAAAGGAAACUAAUCAAAUAGUCCGAGCGACUGGAUUGGAGCUGCCUUUUUUCCUUAUAGUCCAAUCGGAGGCUUUGUUUACAAAUCUUUUGUGAAUAACAAUUUGUUCGCGUCGCUUGCAAAUUGCUCAGAGAAAUCUGCCUAUCAAAAUUGCAAUAUUGUGGGACAAUAUUUUAAUGUUGCUCGCAAGAGAACAUCCGGUUUGACUGUAAAGCCUAAUAGCUCAGUAACGAAAACCAGGCCCUAUAGCCAAAGUGACAUACUGUCUGGAAGGGUGUAAUUGCGUUGAUGUUUUCACACGAAAAAUCGAAAAUUAGCCUAAGUGAUUGUGAUGUAUGGGGCAGGGUAUUGUAUUUAUUGUCAUGACGUCAUUCUAUUCCCUAGGUCACGUGUUGCUGUGGAAUAUUGAUAAACGAAUCAUCAUCAAUGAACACGAAGUACAUGGGAGUACGGUGCACACAGUUGCCUUUAGUCCAGGUAAGUGAAUUAUCUCUUUUUCAAUAUCUGUCCAGGAUUAAUGGGUCCUUGUAAUAGAUAAAGGCCUUUCUACACGAUUGUCAUUUCAGUGUGUAUGAAAGUUACUGUUCACGACACAAUUCCACUUCAUUUAAUUUAUGGUGAAAUUUUUUUAUUUGUAUUAAGAAUCGCAUACGACUGAUCAUAUCGUGUAGACAGCCUUUGACACAAUUUCCCAAUCUCAAGUUUUGAAUUGUUCUGAAUACGAAACCAAGUAAGAAUUAUUUUUGCUGUUUUUAUUUAGAUGGUCAGCGGAUAUUGUCUUGCGGUGCAGACCAAUGUAUCCGAGUGCUGGACGUGCAGACUGGAACCGAGCUUUAUUUGAAGGACCUUGAUGACGAAAUCAGGUAUAGUUGAGUUCAUUUUAUUCAAAUUAAUCUUACUGAGGACUGCAUGUACUGAUUGAUAAAAAGCUGUCAGUGGCACUUUUGGCUCUGUAAUGUUCUUGUCUUUGCAACUAAGGACAAACAGUUGCUGAUAAAAUAUUGCCUCUCCUCGCAUGAAACUUUCCUAUUUGUCAAGAGAAUUUUUCAGGUUUAAUCAGCACGACUAGCCAAUUAAACACUGAUUGCACCGCUACUCUUGGCUUGGCCUGAGCUGGUGGGUCUAUAGUUGCAUUUUUCGCAACUGUUUCUGGUAAAAUCUAAAAUAUGUAUAUGUUUCCAUCUACCGUACGAAAACCUUCAACAAUAUCAACCUUGCUUUGGCCUACAUUUUGUAGUGCAAAUAAACUUUUACCAAACUAAGCCUGACCUAGGCUACAAAUCUGGACCCACUACGAUCGACGACCUAGACCUUGCCUAAGUCAAGCCUUGUGGCAAUGUACAUAUUGUAAACGUGUCACAAUCAUUGGCUUUGCUAAGGCCAAGGCAGUGUACAGCACGUCUUAAAAAACCUCGCGAAACUCUUGACAAACAUUUCACGUGAUAUUCAUCCUUAGAUUGAAGUGUGUUUGUGUUUGAUUCAGGUGCGCAGUUUGGGAUGGUCAGCUUGUGAUGGCUGGAGGAAGUUCUGGUCAGUUACAUAUCUGGAAUUUAUUAAAUGAUCAAGAAGUGCAGAGGGUUGAAGGACAUCAAGGUAAGCAAAAUGCUCCCUGUACUCCCCCCCCCCCUCUCGGGCUGCCCUACUGCAAUACCACUACAUUGCGACGUAUAAACAAGAUCUCAAAUUCAGUCGUGUUCUUAGGUCCAAUUCGUUGCGUGGAUGUCUCGCGGGACGGGCUGACUGUCGCAACUGGCGGCGAGGAUAAUCAGGUCAUAUUGUGGAAAAUCGCCGUCUGAGCCAUGAUAUUCCUUCGGCAUAGGUGCUGGACACUAUAUGGUUGAAGGGGAGCGGUGAAAUAAUUUCUCAAUACCUUUGAAUCAAUAAUUCGCUCCCCAUUUGUAUCACAAAGUGUAAUUCACCUUCCUGGGUCAUCGGGGAACCAUUCCACAAGGACAUGAUAUGCAAUGACCUACCUCAAACGUAUAGGGGUCUAGUGUAGGUAGUAUUUUACAAUAACAAGUAGCCAUGGUUUGUGUCUGAACUACCUGAAAAAAAAUAUUUAUAUACACAUUUUUGUUCGGGAAAUAAGAUUGAAACCCCCUUCACGCCCCCUUUGACGCUUUUGCAAAAUGCCCUCUCGAAACUGCAGAGGUUUUUCACUUUCAAAACGUUCAAGUGGUUCAUACACAAACCACGAUUGCUUAUACUAGCCAUCAUACUACGGGUAUCAGAUUUUAUUCAACUGAUAUUAGAGUAAAAAAUGUGUAAAUGUUUGGGCGAACGUAAUAUUAAAAACAAGGACAGUUACAAAGUAAACAAAGACAUCCCCACUACACACGUAAAAAUCUCACAACUUGUCAACAAGAUGUGUUCGCAACAGGCUUGUAGCAAGCUUGUUAACAAGUUGUAACAAUACUGUUAUUUCAUCAAGUUGCUACAAGGUUGUCACUCACAACUUGUGGACAAAUUGUUGAAUUGCAGAACGAUAACAAGUUGCAAGUCUGUUGAGUUCAACAAUCUUGUAGCAAGUUGUCAACAAGCCGUUGACAACUUGUCAACAAGCUUGGAACAAGCUGUGCGAACACAUUCUGUUGACAAGUUGUUGGAACAGCCUUGCUACAAGUCUGCUGCAGGUUUGUUACAACUUGUGCGUUUUUACGUGUGUUUUUAUAGUGAGAAAAAAAUUAUAACAAUUCAUAUUUCGCAUGCACGUGUAAUGUACAUGGACAGAUAUUUAUACUGCAAAUUCAGAAAUUGUAAUGUAGGAAUUAUUUACGCUCUAUUCGCGUGUAUCAAUUGCAAUUUGUACAUAAAUUAUAUAAAUAUUAGAGCACAUAACCAUAAAAUAUAUAUUUAUUUAUUUAGAAUAAAUUUUUAUUCUCAA